AUUUUCACGAGCAGACCAAAGUAACUUUAGAUUUCUUCCUGCCGCCGGAAGUUAAAGUCCCGGUAGGAUAAAUAGAACGGCGCCGAAGUACAACCUCCUUUUCAGUUGAGCGCUGAAGCCUCGGCCGGAUCAUGUCAAGCGGUUCUGCGGAUUAUAACAGCUCUAGAGACAGAGACCAUGGAGGACCCGAUGGAAUGGAGCCUGAUGGUGUCAUUGAGAGCAAUUGGAAUGAAAUUGUUGACAAUUUCGAUGAUAUGAACUUAAAAGAAACUCUUCUGAGGGGUAUCUAUGCUUACGGUUUUGAAAAGCCAUCAGCAAUUCAGCAGAGAGCAAUCAUUCCUUGCAUUAAAGGCUAUGAUGUCAUUGCUCAGGCACAGUCUGGAACUGGCAAGACUGCCACAUUUGCCAUUUCUAUACUACAACAACUGGAGAUAGACCAGAAGGAGACUCAGGCUUUAGUCCUGGCUCCAACUCGAGAGCUGGCUCAACAGAUUCAAAAAGUAAUUCUAGCUUUGGGUGAUUAUAUGGGUGCCACAUGUCAUGCUUGUAUUGGUGGUACAAAUGUUCGUAAUGAGAUGCAGAAACUUCAAGCAGAGGCUCCUCAUAUUGUUGUUGGCACACCAGGAAGAGUAUUUGACAUGCUGAACAGGAGAUACCUGUCUCCUAAAUGGAUCAAAAUGUUUGUGUUGGAUGAAGCUGAUGAAAUGUUAAGCAGAGGCUUCAAGGAUCAAAUCUAUGAGAUUUUCCAGAAGCUUAGUACAAAUAUUCAAGUUGUUCUGUUAUCUGCUACAAUGCCGGCAGAUGUAUUAGAAGUGACCAAAAAGUUUAUGCGUGAUCCAAUCCGGAUCCUUGUAAAAAAAGAGGAGCUUACACUUGAAGGCAUCAAACAGUUCUACAUUAAUGUGGAGAGAGAGGAAUGGAAGCUGGAUACUCUUUGUGACUUGUAUGAGACUCUGACAAUCACCCAGGCUGUCAUUUUCUUGAAUACAAGAAGGAAGGUUGACUGGUUAACAGAAAAGAUGCACGCUAGGGACUUUACUGUUUCUGCGUUGCAUGGAGAUAUGGACCAGAAAGAACGAGAUGUCAUCAUGAGGGAAUUCAGAUCAGGGUCUAGUCGUGUCUUGAUAACAACUGACCUAUUGGCACGUGGAAUUGAUGUGCAGCAAGUAUCUUUAGUUAUUAAUUACGAUCUUCCUACCAAUAGAGAAAAUUACAUACACAGAAUUGGUCGGGGUGGUCGCUUUGGCAGAAAAGGAGUUGCCAUUAACUUUGUUACUGAAGAGGACAAGAGAAUACUUCGUGAUAUUGAGACUUUCUAUAAUACUACUGUCGAGGAAAUGCCAAUGAAUGUUGCCGAUCUGAUUUAGUCCCUUGGAGAUUGUCGAAUGCAGUGCUCGCUGUUGCUGAAUAAACAGAUGUGCAUUUUGCUUUUGGAAGAAUAUUGAAAAAUAUUGAAUCUUGUCUCAAUGCUGAAAUCGGAUUCAAAAUACACAUUUUAUUUGACAAGUAAAGCGACUGUUGUCGCAAGCUCUUGUGAGGAGAGCCUUAGGCCUUGUCCUCUAAACAGAAUUAGACUGUUGGGGUGGGGAAAUUUAAACCAUGGGGUCUUCAGAUAUUUUCUUUAAAUAUUUUUUUCUUUGUUUAAUAGAAGUAUUUGUAUUAGAUGUUCUUUACCAUUUAAUUAUUUACUUGUGGACUAAAAGAUAUAAGUGCUGUAUUAAAUCUGCCAAUUAUGUUAAACUAACAUAUUUACAAUUACUGUAAAGAAAGAUUGUUGGGUAGCCUUUAAAAAUUGUCAAGCACUUUUCUACUCGUUUGUUUGUGGGUAUAUUUAUUUAAUAAACUAUUUAAUCGGA